GUAAUGAGUGCGGGGGCAAUCAAUAACGGUUGGAUUCCAUCGACCGAUGCUGACUUUGAAAUCCCUCAACGGCUAUCGCACGGAUAGUGAGAGCCGGUCAAGUCGAGAUAUUCCCAAGUGCUUCGCUGAAGUUGUUAGGUGGAGAGGCACGGGUAAGGGCAAGGGUGUGUACAUACUGUAAAUGCCGCCUGAACUCUCGGAGCAACCUGACACUUCAGCUUCACUAGUGAUGGAACCCAACACUUCCUAAACAAUUCCAGCUUUGCCGGCGACAAGUUCUGACCGACCCAACUGCCGCCAUUGGUCCCAAGAGUUGCGAGGUUGCAUCCCAGAGGGGUGCUUAUCGGCCAGACUGACCCGAAAGUUCCGUCUGCCAAUGUGCAUGAAAAACAUAUAUUUCACCAAGUAAAAAAGCAAACAAGAGGCAUGCACGUCACCCCUUAGACCCCCUACGCCUUUUAUCGUGGCAUGAAGCCUCGUCUCCGAUGGGUUCCUCAGCUGCCGAAAGGGUGACCUUGUUGAUCCAUUCCAUGUGCAGAUAGCUAGUCAAUGUUUCCCCCGAUGUACAAAUCCGUGAUGGGUCCCAUGUCUUCCUGAACUGUGAUCUUCUUGUCUUUUCGCCUUUUUCGUUUUUUACCUUCGGGUCUCAACAUCCGGGCUUUUGCGAUUCCCCAGAUUCCACAGAUAGCCGAAUCGCCGGUCCCUGAUAUCGAGACCCAAUGGCAGACGCAGGCCCACCAUCUCCCGAGGCCAUCGCGGCGGCGGUGGCCGCUGCGCGGACAUUCAACAUCACUCUCUGGACGCUGUAUGCGAUAGGCGUAUGCACUACGGCUCUGCGUACGUACUCUCGCUUUGACCAGGUUGGCUUCUCCAACUUUGAAACAGACGACUACCUUGUGUGGGUGGCAGUUCUUCUCUACACCCUCCAAGCAUGUCUGGGCUACCAAAUCGGCAACCUUGCCCAAGGCCUGGCAAACAACGGCAUGACGGAUGAGCAGCGGAUGUCGCUGCUUCCCAGUGACCCAGAAUGGGACAGGAGAGUCAUCGGUUCCAAGGUCCAGGUGAUGGGAUGGACCUCCUACUCGACCCUGAUGCUGGUCCUCAAGCUGGCCAUGUUGUUCUUCUACCUGCGGUUGACGAACGGCCUCGGUCGUCGUUACCGCAUGCGCGUGCACGCUGGGUUCGUGCUCAUCAUCGCCGGCUGGCUCGCCUCCGUCCUGGCCGUCUUCGUCGGCUGCAUGCCCUUCCACAAAUACUGGCAGAUCAACCCCAACCCAGGCAACAGUUGCCAGCCCGCCAUCGCCGGUCCCAUCGUCUGGGCUUCCUUCGCCGCGAACGUCACAUCCGACAUCUACCUUAUUAUCAUUCCCCUUCCUCUUCUCUGGGGUUCCCGCCUCCGUCUGGUCGAGAAGAUCGGUUCCACCCUCGUUCUGAGCGCCGGCAUCUUUGUCCUCGUUUGCGCCACUUUGAAGACCAUCUUUGUCAUCACUGACGACGUCAACGGCGCCGAGCUCGCCGGCGCAUGGGGCACCCGCGAAGCCUUCGUCGCCGUCGUAACCACCAACCUCCCCAUGGUCUUCCCCCUCUUCAAAUCCUGGCUCAGACCCCUCUUCGGCUCCACCUCGCAGCGCACCACCGACAACAAGUACAAGACCCCGGAGGGCUUCCGCUCCAUCGGCGGCGGCGGCGGCGGCUCCAACUCGCACUCCCAGUUCAGGAGGGGCAACGGGAACACCUCGAAUAUUUUGACCAAUGUCACCUUUACCGAGAGCGAGGAGAGGAUCGUGAAUGAGAUCAAGAUGCAGAACAUGAAGACUGAUGUUUCGGGGGGCGCGAGGAGUAUGCAUACCAAGGAGGCGGACCACAAGGGGAUUGUGGUGUUGACCGAGUUUGAUGUGAGUGAGGAUGCGAGGAGUGUGCAGAAUAGUGAGGCGCCGGCGCCGGCGAAGCCGAAGGAGACUUGGUGAUGAAGGGGUGCAUCAUGGUACCCUGAUCUACCUUGUACUUGAUGGGCUUGAGGGGGAAACAUGGUUUGAGGAGGGGAGGGGGGAUGAUGGUUUUCUUUUGUCGGUUUUCUUUGUCUUUUCUCCUUCAUGCCCUUUUCUCUUCACUUCGUUAAACAUAUUUUCCCUUGAACACACUUUGGAGACGGAGGAGGACGGGAUACGUAUACGGCGGGUGGUGGUUUGGAUGGCUUGCGGUGUUUUCUCAAUUUGGAUGGAUAUAUCCCC